GUUAUGACUUCAUACAUCGCACGACAUUUGAACUUACCUUUACGGGGUACACUCCCCAAACACCUCAACACUGCGCCCGCACAAGGUCAAUCUGUUACAGAGAGAACCAACAAUAUCUACUCGCUUUACCAUGGUACCCUCAUAACCACAAGCAUUAGAAUCCUCAGCACGACAGACUCACCUUGAACACCACCACCAUGGCGGAGAAACCAGUGAACGCAACACCCCAACAUGGCUCUGACGCCUUUUCGUCCGAAACCGUCUCACAUCAAUACAGACCUCAAUCCCCAUCCCAAUCAACCUCUGCCCCAGCCUCAUCCCCUUCCAUUUCAACAUCAGACCUCAUAGCUCUUCGUCGCACUCGUGAUAGUAUACCAUGGACAGUCUGGGCCGCGGCUUUCAUGGGGAUGUUCGAGCGCUUUGCCUUCUACGGUGCCAGCGCUCCCUUCCAGAAUUACAUGCAAAACAGCAUCGAUGACCCCUUCCGUCCGGGCGCAUUAGGUAUGGGCCAGGCAAAGGCAACCAUAGUAAACUACGCGUUUAUCACGUUUGGAUUCAUCACCCCAGUACCUAUGGCUGUAGUGGCCGACAAGUGGACCGGGAGAUAUCGGGCUAUCCUAGGAAGCUUUGCGCUUGAGCUGUUAGGCUUGCUGGUUCUCUUCCUAACGGCACUACCACCUGCUCUGAAGGCCAGUGCCGGUGGCGGUGGACUCGCCGUUGCCAUGGUGCUAAUUGGCAUCGGUGCUGGUGGCGUCAAAACUACCGUCUCGCCAUUUGUAGCGGAUCAGUACACUGAGACUGAACUGAGGGUAGAAACUUUGAAGUCCGGCGAGCGAGUUAUUGUGGAUCGUACCCUGACAGUCCAGUAUAUCUACAAUAUGUGGUAUUGGAUGAUCAAUAUCGGAUCUCUAGGUGGGCUAGCAACGACGUUGCUAGAGCAGUAUGUAGGCUUCUGGGCUGCUUACUUGCUGUCAUUCAUCUCAUUGUGGAUAUCGGUUCUCAUCCUAGUGAUUUGGAGAACCAAAUUUGUUCAUGAACCGGCUCGUGGAAACAUCAUGCCCCAAGCCUUCAAGGCCUGCAUCUAUGCGUGCCGAAGCGGAUUCAACAUGGACAACACGAAGCCCGGGCCACAGCUUGAAAAUUAUGGCCGAACCGUCACCUGGGACGACAAGUUCAUAGACGACAUCAAACGCGCCCUUUUAGCAUGUCGAGUCUCCCUCGGCCUCCCAAUCUUCUGGCUUUGCUGGGGCCAAGCCUUCAACAACUUAAUCUCUCAAGCCGCGGCCAUGCAAACCUACGGCAUCCCAAACGACCUUUUCAAAACACUCAACCCAGUAGCCUGCAUAAUCUUCGGUCCCAUCUUCCAGAAUUGGCUAUAUCCGUUCCUGCAACGCCAUCGCAUUCCCUUCCGCCCAAUAUCUCGUCUAACAGUCGGGUUUCUCUUCAUGGCGCUUUCCCUCGCCCUCGCGACGGGAAUUCAGCAACUCGUUUACGACACCCCUCCAUGCCACACAUCCCCACUAAACUGUCCAGCAUCAAAUGGUGGCACGAUCCCAAACCAUGUCAAUGUUUUCCUACAAACACCCAUUUACGUUGCCAUGGCGUUCUCUGAGUUGCUCGCCCUGACAACAAGCUACGAGUAUGCGUACAGCAAAGCGCCCGCCAGGAUGAAGAGCUGCGUGCAGGCUAUCAGUGUAUUCAUGGCGGGCGUCGGAAGUGCGCUCGGCAUGGCGAUUAGCCCCGUUGCAGAAGACCCGAAUAUGGUGGUCGUCUAUGGCAGUUUGACGGGCGUCAUGGCGCUCAAUGCAGGUGUAUUUUGGGGCGCGUUUAGAAAGCUAGAUGCUAUUGAUGAGGAUUUGAAUGAUGCAGUUUUGGAGGGGGACAAGAGUGCAUUGCAGGAUGAUAGGGAGGAUGAGAAGACGAGAGCGUAAGGGUCAAGAGAACAAGGGGCGCCGGGGUUGAGGGUCGACUGGAUACCUGUCGAUUUCAGUGAAUGAGUGAUUGACUUCCGUUGCAACUGCCGUAUCUAGAUGCCCAAGCAGGACUAUCCACCUUUCCUGCAUCUCAUAUUCAAAAGCAAUGCGUAAAGCAUUAUGAACUACGGAUACUAUCAAGAGCUUCAGCUGCGAAAUUCAUUACCUGCAUCUGAAUAACUCCUGCAGUUAGACAAGAAAUAAUUGAUCUCAAU